ACGCUUCCCGGUACUGCGCCUGCCUCGUAACUUCUCUCUUCCUUCUCAAUUUAUCGAGGGGAAGUGGAAAUAAAAAAGCGCAUUUUUACUACGAAACCAUUGCUGUGUCUGUUUGGGCGCCGGAUCGCAGCGGCGACGGGGAUUUAGCGGUAAAGAGAGUGGAGGAAGGAAAGGAUGCAGCAGUUUGGGCCGGAGAAUACGGCCAUGACCUUCGACGAAGUCUCCUUGGAGCGGAGCAAGGGCUUCGUCCAGGCGUUGCAGGAACUCAAGAGUUUGAGGCCUCAGCUUUAUUCUGCUGCAGACUACUGCGAAAAAACCUACCUUCACAGUGAACAGAAACAGAUGGUAUUGGAUAAUCUGAAAGAGUACGCCAUCCGAGCCCUUGUCAAUGCUAUUGAUCAUCUUGGUUCUGUUGCUUACAAAUUAGCAGAGGUUUCUGAGCAACAAUCAUCUGACAUCUCAACUGUAGAACUGAAGAUUUCAUGCCUAUCUCAGCAAAUACUUACGUGCCAAACAUUCACCGAUAAAGAAGGAUUUAGGCAGCAGCAAUUUUCUUCAACAACAACAAGGAGGCAUAAAAAACAUUACAUACUUCCGAGUCCCAUCCAUAAACGGCUGGAGAGCAUUUCAAACUUACAAAAAGAUAACAGUUCGAGUCAGGUUCAAUCAAUGCCUCUUCCUCAAUCUUCUGGAAUUCCUACUCCUAAAACUUUAUCUUGGCACCUUGGCUCGGAUGACAACCCCGCACCGAGCAGAGAGUCCCGGACAUCAUUUUUGGUUGACAAUUCUAGAGCUCAAAAUGUGACCAUGAAUUCCUUCCAUCCUUUAGAAGAGCAUGCUGCACCACUGCCCUUAUCAAGUCAUCUUCAGGCAGCCAGGGGAAACGAUGCUGCAGCUGUUCCUACUCACCCAACUAGUGUGAAGUGGAAGCAGGAUGAAAUGGUGGCCACAACAACUUUAUCAGGAUUCAAGCUGUUCGACAAGUCUGUACGACAAGAUAUCAACCAUGCACCUCGUAGCAAGAGCAUAUUUUCAGCAUUCUUUCCUAGAAACAAGAACGUCAAGCCCAAAAGAGUUCCAGUCUCUUAAUGGCGUCUGCUAACAAGUUGCCCCACUUCCAUGGUUGGCGCAGUUGUGUCCUGAAAGCCAGUGAGCAUCUAGUUUGUUGGGUUACUGAUAAGUGUAUCUGUCUGUCAAUGGGAAUCUCUGCGAUUGCUUCCUCAUUUGUAAGUCUGCAUCGUUUCAGAGGAUCUGUUUUGUUCAACAGUCUUUGUUCCUUAGUCAUUUAUGAUAAACAAAAAACUGGUCAGACCUCGUGGUGAUUUAUUUA